UAACUGCUGACGUGUACUUCAGGUCUGUCUUCCGCCGAAGUCUGUCACUCGUGCUACAUCGACCUUCGGGUUAAUUUCUGCAACUUCGUUAAUCGUUUGACACCUUCAGUUGAUGAAAGAUCAGUCAACGCUCACCUUUCUUUAGAAUGGAGGGUGUCUCCACAUUUUUAGUCGCUGCCGUGAUUGGUGUAUUGGUUAAUAACAUUAAUUGUGCACCAGUUGAUCCCAAAAAAUCUACGGAAAAGCCCACUGAUGCAAAUGGAGUUGGAGAUGCAGGAGGAGAGACUGGCUUAGAAUACAACAGGUAUCUCCAAGAGGUUGUUCAGGUGUUGGAAAGUGAUCCAGAUUUCAGGCAAAAACUAGAAAAAUCUGAUCCUGAGGAUAUUAGGACUGGCAAAGUUGCCAGAGAGUUGGAGUAUGUGAAUCAUCAUGUUAGGAACAAGUUAGAUGAAUUGAAGAGACAAGAAAUGGAAAGACUAAGACAUCUUGCCAUGGAAGAAUAUGAAAGAGCUAGAGGCCUUGGAAUCCCUCAUGAUGGCAGACUGAAAAUUCCAGGCCAUUUAGAUCAUAAAAGCCCCUCCUUUGAGUCAGAGGAUCUACGGAAGCUUAUAGUGCAGACAUCAAAAGAUUUGGAAGAAGCUGAUAGGCAAAGAAAAGAAGAAUUCAAAGAAUAUGAAAUGCAAAAAGAAUUUGAGCACCAGAAUAAGCUUAAAACCCUUGAUGAAGAGAAAAGGAAGGCAGAACAAAAGGCAUGGGAAGAUGCCCAAGCAAAGCAUAAACAACACCCUAAAAUGCAUCAUCCAGGCAGCAGACAACAAUUAGAAGAAGUCUGGGAAGAACAAGAUCACCUUUCACCUGAUAGUUUUAAUCCGAAAACCUUCUUCCAGUUGCACGAUCUGGAUGGAAAUGGUUUUUGGGAUCCUGACGAAGUCAAAGCUCUCUUUAUCAAGGAGUUGGACAAAGCGUAUGAUCCGAAUGCCCCUGAAGAUGACAUGGCUGAACGCUACGAGGAAAUGGAACGGAUGCGCGAGCAUGUAUUCAAUGAAACGGAUACUAACAGGGAUUACUUGAUUUCAUUUCCAGAAUUUUUAGAGCAAACCCGAAAACAGGAAUUUGAGCGUGAUGCUGGUUGGAACACGAUUGAUGAACAACCCGUCUAUUCUCAGCAAGAGUACAUGGAGUUCGAGCGUCAACGUCAAAUGGAAAUCCAACGGUUAAUUGACCAAGGAAUGUUGCCUCCCCAUCCUGAUAUGAUGCGAAAUCAUCCACGAAUGCCCAACGAAGUGCCUUAUGGCGUUCCACCUCAGCAACCUUACUAUCCUUCUCCCCCUGUUGCCCAGCAAAAUAUGAUAACCCCAGAGGAGGCCAUGAGAAUGCAACAACAAUAUGGACAACCACCUCAGUUCGCCCCGCAACAACAUUAUGGACAACAGCCUCAGUAUGCUCCACAGCAGCCGUAUUACGGUCAACCGCAGUUUGCGCAGCAACAAUUUGUUGCUCAGCCGCAACAUCCUCAGUUUGUUCCACAAGCCCAACAAGCAGUUCAGCAGAAUUUUCAACAACCAGCUCAGCUGCCCCAGCAACCGAUUCCGCAAUAUCAAAUUCCUGCGCAGCAACAACCUGCUAUUCAACAACAGCCUCCCAUUCAACAACAGCCUCCCAUUCAACAACAGCCUCCCAUUCAACAACAGCCUCCCAUUCAACAACAGCCUCCUGUACAGCAGCAGGCCUCCCUCCAGUUGCAACAAAGUCAACAAGCAGUUUCACCACAAUUGCCUGUUCAACAGCAACAAAUUUCAACUGCAAAACCAGUUUGAUUGCUAACGACGUAAAUUGCAUUUCACACGAGUUAAUUUUCCCACUAUUAUUUUACGAAUUGACGAAAUAAACCUAUUAAACACA